AUGACCAUUGACCUGUACUACGUCCCGGGCUCCGCUCCCUGCCGCACCGUGCUGCUCGCUGCCAAGGCCCUCAACUUAAACCUCAACCUCAAGCUAGUGGACCUGCAGCGUGGUGAACACCUCAAGCCCGAAUACCUUAAGCUCAAUCCACAACACACAGUCCCCACUCUCGUGGAUGAUGGAUUCGCCAUCUGGGAGUCUCGUGCUAUCAUAACUUACCUUGCGAACAAGUACGGCAAGGGCAAGGGACUCUACCCAGAAGAACCCAAAGCCAGAGCUUUGGUUGAUCAACGCCUGUACUUCGAUAUUGGCACACUUUACGCCAGAUUCGCAGACUAUUUCUAUCCGCAAGUGUUCGGUAACGCACCAAGUGACAGCGAUAAGAGGACCAAAGUUGAGGAUGCUCUCCAAAAUCUCAACACUUUCCUGGAGGGUCAGAAGUAUGUCGCCGGUCCCAACCUGACUCUCGCUGAUCUGUCCCUCGUCGCCUCCGUGUCAAGCCUCGAGGCCACUGAUAUUGACUUCCUUAAAUUCGCUAAUGUUAAGAGGUGGUACGAAACAGUGAAGUCUACCGCACCCGGCUACCAAGAAGCCAACGAGAAGGGACUGGAAAUGUUCAAGGCUCUCGUCGAAAGUAUGAAGAAGAAGUAA